AUGUCAUCGCCUAGACGAUGGGCCAUUGCGCUUGGCCAGAUAGCCGGCCCCAUUGGGUACACUAACCUUGCACACCACCGACGCGCGAGUUAUCCAACUCCGCCUCUGGGACGAAACCGGUUGUGCCGAGGAGAAUAUGGGCGAACUCGGCCUGUACCAAUCUGGCCUUUCCGCAUCCUGCAGCUUCACCUUCAACUCGGCAACAACUCCAUCACAGCAACAAAUAUUGCGUGCUGGAUCUCGGCUCAAGCCCAGGUUCUCCGGAAGUUAAGCCGCUCAACUGAGAAAGACGGCGGUUACACGGAAGGUGGAAGGAGGAAGCGCCGGUUCUCCGUCGCCAAGAGCACCUCAAGCGUCACUACCGCUGCUAAAGAAUUGCCUCAAUCCUUCCCGUGCGCAUCUAUGGCUCGCUUGGGUCACCCAGCAGCAAAUCAGAAGCGACGAACGCAGGGUUGGCGUCCUUUCACCAUUGAGCACUUUGGUCGUCGGACACUGAUGCUGUUUGGCGCCACGGGAAUGUCAAUAUCUAUGGUCAUCCUGGGGUCGGCUUCUUGCUUUCUCAGUUUCUUCGCUCUCCUUCCAUUGCUUACUACUGAACUUAUCGCCGCUGCUGCUGCUGCUAGUACUUAUCCGCCUGGCAAGUAUUUACAAGAGAUCAGUUAUAGUGGCGUAGCCGUGCUUCUUGCAGGCCUCAUAAAUGACGCCGAUGGCCUUGUCGGCCUGUCCUGUUACUUCCUGGAAACGCUGGGCCCAUGGGCAAGUGUCGCCCAAGCUUUCCUUGUCUUCAAAUAA